AUGGUCUCCGAAGUUGUUCAGGAGAAGCGUUUCCAAGCGAGGGCUUUUGCAUUAUUACCAAUUGCUACUCGAAUGGCUAUAAUCAUCAGCCCACUAGUGGCAGGUUGGACUGUUCAGCUUGAGACAACGGGCCAAGACGACAGUUUUGUGAGGAAACACCCAUAUGCACUGCCUGCCUUAUUGAACGCCGGCUUCUUGCUUCUUCUCCUACUUGCUACAUUCCUGUUUCUUGAAGAGACAUCAAAAUCUGUAAGAGGUCGAUUUGACCCUGGAAUCGCCUUCUCCAAGAAGUUGCUGUCUUUAUUCCGCUUGGUUCCAUUCAGAAAAGCAGAUGACGCUCAGUACUCACGCAUCAACUCAGAAGAAGAGGAUGGAGAAGAGAUGGGUUUCUUGAAGGAGACCGAUGGGAAUGAUCACUCUGGCGCUUCCACACCUCCUGCGGUGACCGUUACACCAAGUGAAAAGAACUUGAAGCUCCCUACACGCCGCAUUUUCACCACUAACAUGCUCCUGGUUCUAUUGGCAACUCUUCUCUAUGAACUCCAUCUUAACAGCGUCAGCAUUGCCAUGGCCAAUAUGUUAGUCGAUCCAGUUUCCACCAAAGAAGCCGAAUUAUCAAGGGUUCUGCCAUUCCGCUUCGGGGGCGGCGCCGGAUUCAGGCCGAAGUCUCUUGCCUGGUACUCAACUGUGUUCGGGAUUGUCGGUAUUCCCAUGCAGAUUUUUGUUUACCCUUGGCUUAAUCAGCGCCUAGGCUGUUUGAGACUCUGGCAACUAUUCUACCUCGGAUUCCCCUUGCUUUAUUUUGCAUACCCAUAUGUUGCUAUCAUUCCAUCUUCUACACCGCCUCCAUCCGAAAAGACUGGUGUGGCUGUAUGGGCGUUUUUGGUGGUGAUUCAAACUUCAACAUCUCUCAUAACGAGUGUUGUGACGCCCUCACAGCUGCUACUGGCGAAUUUCUCCUCGCCUCAUCCAUCGGCACUGGGAAGAACUCAUAGUAUCACGUUCUUCACGUCGAUGGCGGUUCGAGCUGCCAGUUCAGCCAUGGCUGGAAAUAUGUACGCUUUUGGGUCGACACACAACUUGACUGGGGUCAUAUUUUGGUUUAGUAGCGCUGUGUCGCUUAUAGCUAUCAUUGUCACCCGGUUUGUGAGAGAAGGAAAUGGCCAUGAAAUCAAGCUCCCGGGAGAGAACUAA